CUUAAAUAAAAAAUAAAAAAAUAUAAAUACUUGUCCUCAAUCCCUCCAAACCUGUCCUUUUCCUUUCUCCCCCAUAGCCCAUACGUAUCACUUUCCCUUCCCAAUCUUCUUUUUCAAUCCUUUCUACCCCUAACCACAUGCCCAAAGAACCAUUGAGCUGAUGAAUAAAUAUUAGUAAUUGUUGCAGCGUAUUGAAGAUUUAUUCUUGGCAAAAGAAAGGGAUUAUUAAGAUGCGCUGCGGUUAUGGAUUGGCGGCGGUACCGGGAAGCGACGCCCGCUUCUUUACACUGGACACUUCCUUCCUCCGGUUACGAAGAACCGUCAACCCGACCCGGAUCCAAUUCGGGUCUUUCAAAAUCAAGGCCAAAAUCGAUGAAGCAAGGAAGGAGAUGAGUUUCUAUGAGUUGUUGGGGAUACCUGAAACGGGUACUUUGCCGGAGAUAAAGCAGGCGUAUAAGCAGCUGGCGAGGAAGUACCACCCGGACGUGUCGCCCCCGGAUCGGGUGGAGGAAUAUACGGAGUGGUUUAUACGGGUCCAGGAGGCUUAUGAGACUUUGUCUGAUCCGAGGACGAGGGCGUUGUAUGAUAAGGACUUGGCUUUGGGGAUUCAUCUUGCUUUCUCUACUAGACGACGUUACCAAUACGAUGAGGAACUAGAAGAGCGGAGCGAGUGGAGAAAUCGAUGGCAAUCUCAGCUAUCAGAACUGAAGAGAAGAAGCAUGAACAGGGAUGCUGGAGGAAAUAUGUCAUGGGGGGCUCGAAUGCGCAGGCAAAGGGAUGAGUUUUCUAAAGAACAAUAAGCCUCCCCCUCUUCCUCUGUGCAUAUGGUCUUUUGGCUAAGUUUUGGUUUUAUCUUUUGUAUGUAUACAUAAUUCUGCCCCUUUAUAGAUGGCAAUUGGGUUAGCAUUGCUCAAAACAGAGUACUUUCAAUGCUAAUUCUAAAAUCAAAAAUGCCUCUACUCCACUGUCAUUCAUCCAUAUCAAUCAAACUAACACUCGAUAUGUACAUAAAUUUGUUAGAA